AUGAUGUGGAGAAACUCUUUCUGGAACCUUCUCUUGCUUUGGCUUUCCAUGGUGCCAUUCAGAGCAUUUGCGGUGGAGAACUCGCCCGUGGAGACUUUGACAGGUAACUCUGUUGGUGGCAGCGGCCGGGUCACUCGUCGGUAUGACUCAGUCCAGCGCGGUGAGUGCACGUACACCUUCAUUCUGCCGGAAAACGAUGGCACUAAGACCGCCUGCUGGCCAGGGAGGGGGGACAAACGGUACUAUGGCAACGGUUUCCAGAGAGAUGUCUCCCAGGAGAAGCAGAGCCUAUACAGCCAAAGGAUCCAGCACCUGGAGGUUGCCAUGGAGAACAACACCCAGUGGCUGCAAAGGAUUGAAGGCUAUGUGAAAGAGAGCCUGCAGGCGGGAAUGAAUCAGCUGCAACACGACGCUGUGCAGAACCAUACGGCCGCCAUUUUGGAUCUGGGCACCAGCAUUCUUUCCCAGACGGCCCACCACACACGAAGGCUGACAGACAUGGAAACGCAGGUCCUGAAUCAGACUUCAAGGCUGGAGAUUCAGCUUCUGGAAAAUUCUCUCUCCACCAACAAACUCGAAACUCAACUGCUACGGCAAACCACUGAGAUCAGCAAGCUGUAUGAGCAGAACAGGCUACUGGAGCAGAGGAUGCAGGAGAUGGAAGCCCGCCACCGUCAGGAGCUGGCCAAUCUGAAAGCGGAGCGGGCAGAACUACAGGGGCUGCUGGCCAAUCAGAGCACAGUGAUCCAGAACUUGGAGCUCAGUCUGGAGCAGACCACCAACAACUGCACUGCCUUACAGAACCAGCAGCUCCUGCUCCAAGAUGCAGUUGCCAGCCUGGUUAAGCUCUGCUCCAGGGACAAAGAUAAAGCAGUGAUCCCGACCACCUUAAAACAGGCGGAUGAGCAGAGAAAGUUCCGCGACUGUGCGGAUCUUUUCCGGGCAGGGUUCAACAGGAGUGGGGUCUACACCAUUCACAUCACCAUGGAAGACACCAAGAAGGUCUACUGUAACAUGGAGUCCGCUGGUGGAGGCUGGACCGUCAUUCAGAACAGGAAAGACGGAACGCUGGACUUCCACAGGACAUGGAAAGAGUACAAAAUGGGCUUUGGCACUCCCUCUGGAGAGCAUUGGCUGGGAAAUGAGUUCGUUUUCCAGUUAACCAAUCAGAGACAGUACACGCUGAGAGUGGAACUGACUGACUGGGACGGCCAACACGUUUUCUCCCAGUACGACCGCUUUCAGAUCGCCAGCGAAAAACGCAACUACAGAUUAUUUCUGAGGAGCCACAGUGGGACUGCAGGCAGGCAGAGCAGUCUGGUGAUAAACGGAGCUGACUUCAGCACCAAGGACGUUGACAAUGACAACUGCAUCUGCAAAUGUGCCCUUAUGCUUACAGGCGGUUGGUGGUUUGAUGCAUGUGGUCCCUCUAAUCUGAAUGGCAUGUAUUACACCUAUGGACAGAACACAGGGAAACUCAAUGGCAUUAAGUGGCACUAUUUCAAAGGCUCCAGCUACUCUCUCCGUGCCACCGCCAUGAUGAUCCGCCCUCUGGAUUUCUGA